GCGGCAUAUAAGUCUGGGCGUCCAGUGAUUAGCAUUUAGUUGAAUUUUGAUUGCCAAGGGACCGGUGUCUUCAACUCAAUCGAAAAUGCAUUACUUCAUUGUGUCGUGUCUCCUAGGCCUUGCGACAGCGAUUCCCCAAGGAUAUAACUACCGGGCCCAGCAACAAGUGCAGUCGCAGGCGCAAGCUGGCCAACCGAGGCCACUGUCCACUCCCCAGUUUGCCAACCUUGCGGAGCAGUCGCUCAUUCAGCAGGCGCUUCUGGCUCCAAAGGUGCAGCAGGUCCUAUCCGGAGGAGAGCUCAGCACACCUUACCCCACAUUCCUGACUCAAAACCAGGCCUCUGCUUACCAACAGCAGCCAACUCAGCUUGUCGGAAAUUUAGCACUCAAUGCGUUGCCCCAGUCAUAUCAGCCGCAGCACCAUCAGCAUCUCGUCUCCAAGGACAUCUAUGUGCAUGUGCCACCAGCAGAAGAGCCGGAGGACCGCUAUUCGCAGACAGUCAUCCCGCCGCCACCUGCGCGGAAGCAUUACCGCAUCGUGUUCAUCAAGGCACCCACGCCAAGCGCCACAAAGGCGGCACUGCGCAUCAAGCAAGCACCUGUGGAGGAGAAAACUAUUAUCUACGUGCUGACCAAGAAGCCUGACCCGCUUGACCUGCAGGCGGCCGUUGAGGAGCUGGCGCCCAAGCAACCCAGCAAGCCAGAGGUGUUCUUCAUAAAGUACAAGACCCAGGAGGAAGCUGCGCAUGCGCAGCGCACCAUUCAAGCCCAAUACGACCAGCUUGGUGGCACUUCCCAGGUUUCCGACGAAGGUGUCGCACCUGUUGCGUCAGUGAUUGGCGUUCUGGACCAACAGGGCACCAGUGAAGGUUCUACCGGAAAGAUUACAGGCGCCCUGGCGAACAACUACCUGCCCACCAAUCUGCGUACUUAGCCAGAAGAACUGUCGUACCUUUAAGAAGUCAACUCUUGUAUAUACUUGUAUUUUGUUAAGUAAAGUUUAUCGUGGAUCUUUGAUCUCCGAUGAAAUUGAUAUAAAAGCUUUAGCCAUUUUCGAAUAAAUGCGAUUGGAGCAAGAGGAAAA